GUUCCCACGGAGACCGGCAGGUGUGGAGGAGAUGGUUGUGGCGCUGACAGCGAGCCGAUCUUCUCACUGUGAGCGACUCUCCUCCGGUAGAGAUGGACGUCUGGUCUGCUGAGCUGCAGGUGGCUGUGUGGACGCUGCUGGGCCUCUGUGUGUGUUGCCAUGAAGUGACCGUGAGAGAUUCUGAUCUGAAGCGGUGUGAGGACGACCAGCGAGCGUGCGUCACCCACCCCAGAGACUGCAGGCCCCCCCCUCCACAGUCUAUACAGAAGACGCUGAACAUGUCCUGCAGCUACCAGUCACUCAGGUCACACAAGUCGGUGACGUGUGGGUGGAGUCAGGACUCAGACAGCCGCACUCAGUCAGACGCCUCCCUCAUCUUCAGCAGCGACAGUAAAAUCUUGUCCUGUCAGGGAAUCUUCGUCUCGGCGGCCGUCCUCAACAUCACAGCCAGGAUCAAGAACUACAUGAUGGGUGGAGAGACCUGGUCCCAGCCGCACACCGUUUUUCUUUAUGAUGCAAUCAAACCCUCUCAGCCUGUGUUAAGUGUCCUCGGCUCAACUGAGGACUCUGUCAUCGUGUCUUGGAGAAGCAGCAGUAACGGCGACUGUCGGCUUCGCUACAGAGCCGACAGCACUCACAUAUGGACCCAGGCUCCAGGUUCUGUCCCUGCACACCGAGAUCAGACCCUGACCUUCACGAUCAAGGACCUCCUGGCGUUUACCGUCUACAGAGCUGCUGUGGCGUGCAGAAGGCGGUCCGGCAUCUGGAGCAACUGGAGCGAGGACGUCAGUGCGAGGACGCUGGACAGAGUUCCUUCCGAGCCCCCAGAGGUUUGUUACAGAGUGGAGAAAACAGACUCUGAUGGAUCUUUUCUGCUUCAUCUCAUGUGGAAGGAUCUUGACCUCUGUGACGGCAGAGCUCGUGUCCUCGGCUACCAGGUGAUCUACGAGAAGCUGCAGCACAAAAUCCUUCAGAACGUCACAGAGGUGAUGGCGCUCCUGGUGGUGGAGGAGGGGAACUGCAGCGUCACGGUGCGAGCCUUCAACACGGCCGGCUACGGACCCGCAGCACGACUCAGCAUCGACACUCACAAACACAACGCUCUGCCGUCAGUCUCUCACUUGUGGGUUUCCAGCUCUUUCCCGUCUGUGAACGGUCUUCUCGUCCAAUGGGAGAGCCCCGCAGCCCCGCCCUCUGUCCCGCCUGUCAGUCAUCUCGCUGUCCGCUGGCGCUCUGAGACUCGUCCGUCCAUCAGCCGCUGGACCACCGUGGACCGCCUCACCACCUCCACCCUCAUACAAGAGGUUGACCCUGACGUCUCCUACCUGAUCAGUGUGUUUCCUGUCUACCAGCAUCAGUUUGGAUGUGAUCAGUCGCUGCCUGCAGCUCUGCAGCAGGGAGCUCUGAUGGAGGCGGUACAGCUGAAGGUGGUGGGCGUAACCAGGACGACAGUGACAGCGACGUGGCUGUGGCAGAGGAAGUCUGGACCAAUCAGAGUGGAGAGAUACAGCGUGAUGCUGAGGAAAGACUCCGAGAGACGAACUCUGUCUCUGUGGCCGGACCAGCAGCAGCUCACCUUCCACAAGCUGAAACCAGACACCGAAUAUUCUCUGCUCCUAUUGGCUGACGAUGACGCCAGAAACAUCAUCCCCGUGAGGACGAACUUCGACGAGCUGCCGGCCGUGGCUGCAGCCACGCCUCUACUGCUGCUGGCCGCCACCGUGGUCAUCACCUCCGUGCUGGCCAGGACUGUGUAUAAGUGGUACUUCUUCCCGCCCAUCUCCAGCCCGCGGGGCAGUGCUACAGGCCAGUGGCUGAUGGACCAGAACCACCAGAAAACUGCAGAGAGGAACAUCCUGGAUAUGGAGGACUUCCAGGUGACGGACGUACUUGGAGAGAAGAGUCUCAUCGUGGUCGGUCUGAACUCCUCAGAAGAGGACCUGCACGAAGACUCGUCUCUGCUGUCCACCAGCCGCCUCAUCAUCAAACUGUCGGCCCUCGAACUGGACACAGAGUAUAUUUCUGAUUGUCCAGUAACCACAGAGCUCCCACUGGUUUCCCUCCCGUCUUCUUAUACCGAACACCCAGUGAACCACCAUCAUCCUGAGGCCGCCGCCGCUCUGUUGUGUCACACACAUGAAGCCAGCAGCCGCUUUCCUCAGAAAGAGGAAGAAACCGGACAGGCCAACUUAUCUGAGACGAAAUCUCAUUUUAGCGAAUUCACAGGAAAUAGAGGCUGUGUUUAUCAGAUGAGCUGUGAGGACGAUUACGUGCUGAACUCUUCCUUUCUGAGGAAAACUGAGGUCUAGACAGUGAGUGGACACAAUUCUGAUCUGAUAUGUGUCACUGAUGCAAUGUGUGAUUGCAUGGAUUUGGCGAUAACCGCAAUGAAGCAAAAAAGGUCAACUUCUUUGCAGAUGAUGCAGCUGUAUAUAUGUGUACAUGAAAUUAUACCUUGUUCUUUAUUUUUUUUUUAUAGAAGUGAAUACAAAAAUAGGAAAAUAAAUAUAUGUAAAUGUCCCAGUAGUAACUAAAAAUAAUUGCGCAUAAGAAUUGAUUGAACAGCACUUUUUUAAGUGGGUGUCAUGAAUGAACAGGCCUAAGACAAAACGUAAAUUCUGAAAGAAAAUAUAUUUACUGUUAAUAUUAGUGUUGAUUAUUAAGACCGAAAUGACAAGGAAUGCUUACAACAACAUUAUUAAUAAAAUAAAGUCAAAAUAAAGUUUCUAAAACAUUUUUUUAUCCCAGCUUUUUUAUUAUUAUUAUUGCUAACAUGCAUUGUUCAAACCUGAAGUCACAUUGUUAAAACUCUUCACAGAGUCACUGAAACAGAAUGUGAAUAAUUUUUUUUCACAAUAAAUGCAUUCAGUGAUCACCUUUUUUAAAAUCCAUUCACUCCUUUGUCUUAUAUACUCCAAAUGCCUGCAGAUCAUUUUAUCUGCAGCACAUUGUUCAGGUGCUGACUUGCCAGCGACCAUAUUCAAAUAUCUGGGAACUCUGAGCUGAGUGUUUAUAAUAAAAGGAGAUGAUGAUCACUCCAAACACAGCUAUUUGUAAUUCCAGCUGAGAGCCGUCCAGGUGUUCUGUUUUAGUCGUUAAACAGAGAAAAAGAGACGGCUGGGAAUGAAUUUUACCCCAAGAAUUUCAUGAAUGUGCUUGUUUUUUAUGUUUCAACUCUUUAUUUUUCACAAGUGAAAUAUUUUAUGCAA